AUGGCGAACUUCAUGGAUGAGCUGGCUACCGGCUCCCGAAAGACAUGGCGAGAUCUGUGCAAGAAGGAGACCCCCACAGUGGGAAGCGAUGCAACGCUGCAGGGUGUUUGGAGGGAAGCGAUCAUAGCAGCGGUGGCUUGCGAGAAGGCAGGCCAAUCCAGAAGAUUCGCUGAUGGCCCGGCAGGGCAGGUGUUGGACUAUUUGCUGGAGCGCGGCCUCAGCAAGUAUCAUGCCGCCGCGGAGAAGACAGAGGAGGCUGCACAUUCAGGUCGGAUUCGUCCAUCCAUGGCGGGGUCCAGCGCAGGGGCAGCGAUCGACUCUUGGUCGGGUGGUGGCAAGCCGCAUGAGUACUCACAUCCGUGGAAAGAGGACGGUGGCAAGGCGGGGGGAGAUCUUCAGAUCAGGUGUGGACGCUGCGGUGCUGUCUAUGGAGUGGCUGUGCCACGAGGAACGGCGCCCGGUGCCACGAUUCAGGCCAAGUGCCCAUCAUGUGGCACCAACAACCAGGCAGAGGUGCCCCACACCGGUGGUUCUGGGGGUCCCAAACCGUUUGCAGCUCCUCAUGCAGCCCCUCACGUCGGAGGAGCAGCCCCUCGACCCUCAGGUCGUCGGAAAGCUCUCUUGAUCGGAGUCAAUUACUUUGGCACCCGAGCGGAAUUGCGAGGGUGCAUCAACGAUGUGCACAAUUUGUUCCGCCUUUUGACAGAGACCUAUGGCUGGCAGGCUCACAACAUCCGAACACUCACGGAUGAUGGCCGUGGUGGUGGAAUGCCUACGCGCCACAACAUCACCCAGCACCUGCGGUGGCUUGCAGAAGAUGCCAUGCCAGGGGACGUGCUCUUCUUCAGCUUUUCGGGCCACGGAGCCCAGAAAGAAGAUCCGCAAGGAUUUGAGGAGGAUGGCAUGAACGAAACGAUUCUGCCAGUUGACUUCGAGCAUGCUGGAAUGAUGACGGAUGACGAAGUCAGUGACUACAUCGUCAAGCCCUUGCCAGAAGGAGUCAGGCUGACCGGUGUCAUGGACUGCUGUCACAGCGGCACCGGCCUGGACCUCCCCUUCACGUGGGACCCGCGGCGGGGCAUGUGGCGCGAAGAAGUCAAUCCGUUCCUUUCCAUGGGCGACGUUCUUAUGUUCAGUGGUUGCGAAGAUGACGACACAUCCUCUGAUGCCGCUUCCAUGUACUCAGCACCUGGAGGGGCGAUGACGACAGCUUUCUGCGAUGUGCUUCGCAGAAACCCUCAUCCGAUUUACCCGGAGUUGUUGAACCUCCUUCAUCGGCACCUUAGCAUGGGUGGCUUUUCCCAGCGGCCAGUGUUGAGCUCCUCUCAAAAGUUUUCGCUUGAUCGGCCGUUCUCCUUCGACGACAUUCAUCCGAAUAUGAAUGGCCAGCUUGGCCGCAUCUUUAGACAGCGAUUCCCACCCAGGCCGCGGCCAAUGAGUGGGCCGCUUGCAGACAUGCUCGGUCCUUUGGGCAUGCUGGCAGGUGGUAUGCUUGUCGGUGCCCUUGCUGGCGAAGCGCUUGAGGGUGGCGUUGGACUGCUUGGCGCACUCUUUGGAUAG